AUGGACAACCUCCAGCCGUCCACGGCAUACAAUUGUUUCGUUUAUUCCUCUAAUGCUGCAGGACUUGGUGCCAAGAGCCUUGUUAAAACCAUUAGAACUUUGGUGCAGCCACCAGGUGGCAUGAAUGUGACAGAGUUAAGCCAGAGCACAGCUCGCGUAACAUGGCUGAGGGUCCAAGGGGUCCUGCUCUACCAAGUGACAGUAACCAAAAACAAGCCCGGAGUUGCCCCUGUUAAUAGGAAUACCUCCAGUAAUGUUUUGGAUAUCACAAACCUGGAGCCAUGUUCAACAUACACAGUAGGGGUUUCAUCCAUCAGCAUGUUCCUGGAACCAGGAGAGGCAUCAAACGUCACAUACACAACCUCCACCAUUCCAAAAGUUUCUUCAAUCUCUGUGGAGUACAGCUGCAUUGGUUCUACGGCAUCAGUAAGCUGGGAAGCGAUAUUUGGUGCAACUUUGUACCACGCUGUAGCUGUGGAUGGCAAAGGUACGUCGCUUAACUGCACAUCCACUGGCACCACCUGCCAGAUCUCCAGCCUGUCCUGUGGAGAGCGAUACACUGUACGGAUUACAGCCAUUUCUGACUGUGAAAGUACUUCCGACACUAACUACAUCUUUGAGACAGCACCCUGCCCACCCAAAGACACGCAUUUAUACCGUGAGUGUUCCAGUAACGUGAUUUUGUUCUCAUGGGCUUCCACCAACAACACGGCUUACUACAUCGCUAUGGCUGUGGACUCGGAUGGCGAAACGAGGGAAUGCCUCACUGUGGACACCUCAUGUUACUUCAUCAACACAGCCUGUGGAAAAAAUUACAGCUUUACUGUCAACUCUGUCUACUCUGGAGGACAAAACUGUGACAGCGGAAACACAGUGCCUGUGGUUAUCAGGACAGCCCCAUGUUUGCCUCAGAACAUCCGUACAGCUGGGGACUGUAGCAUUGGCAAUGCUCUCACUAGCUGGGAUGCGGCUGAAGGAGCCCUGACCUAUUUUGUGGAGGCCCGUGGUAACCGAAAAGAUUUCUACAACUGUUCAACUCACAGCACAAGCUGCACACUAACAGGUCUGGAAUGUGGAGAGAGUUUAAGUGUGUGGAUUACUGCCAGUGAUGAUACCUGUAUGACUGAUCGUGUGCUUGGAGAGGUGGCAGAUACAGUUCCCUGCACACCUCUGAAUGUGUCCGCUGUGGAGACUUGCAGUUCAAACUCCGCCACUCUUUCAUGGCUCACUAGCAAUGGUGCCAUCUUCUACAUUGGUGUGGCAACAGCAACGAACGGCUCAGUGUACACCUGCACUGCCAUGGCAACAGAGUGUGAGUUCCAGGGCCUGAGAUGCGGGGAGACCUAUGAUGCUUACGUCAUUGCAACAAACUUGGCAUGCAACAGCACUGAGAGUGAACACGUCACCCUGCAGACAACCCCAUGUGCUCCGGUUGCUGUGGGGGUCACAAGAGACUGUGCAGCAAAUUUUGCAACAGUAAGCUGGCAGACUCUUCUGGCUGGUGGUCUGUACACAGCGGUGCUAGAAGAUCAACAUGGAGCUGCACUUAACUGCAGCAGCAGCUUGAACACAUGCACUGUCCCGAAUCUGCAGUGCGGAGUGACCUACAAUGUCACAGUCACACGCCAUGAUGGUCACUGCAGGAGCCUGCGGUCCACAGCCAUUAAGAUACAACCAGUUCCCUGUGAUCCUCAAAAUGUUACAACACUACUACAGUGUAACACCAACGUGGCCACGGUGACAUGGAAUGCCAGCGCAGGAGCAAAUGGGUACACAGCGAUUGCAAACACAGAUGGGCAGCUGCAAAACUUAGCUUCCUGUCACACUACGGGGACUUCCUGUCAGCUAACCUCUCUGCCAUGUGGAAUGAGGUUAAAUGUGACUGUCCUAGCUGAGGGUGCCACCUGUAACAGCAGUUCUCAAACUAGUGCUGUAGUGUUAACAGCACCCUGCAUUCCCGCCCAUGUAACUGCCAGUCUAAACUGUACCUCCAACAUUGCUUCCAUCACAUGGUACAGUGCACUUGGUGCCACUGGGUACUUCAUAAAAGCAGAAGGCAACCAUGGGCACAGGACCUCCUGCAAUAGCACAAACACACACUGUGAUAUCUCAGACCUGCAGUGUGGCCAGGACUACUCCAUCACUGUCACAGGCAUCAGUGGUGGCUGUAUAGGCCCAGCUAGCCAGUCCGUCACACUUGUCUCAGCACCAUGUUACAUUACUAACAUUCAAGCCAGGCUGGACUGCCACAUAAACUCAGCACUCAUUUCCUGGACACCAGGAAAUGGGACUCUAAGUUUCAAUGCAACACUGCAGUCUGUCCAGGACCCCCAUCAGUAUAGCUGCAUAACCAACAGCUCUUCAUGCAGCAUCAGCUCACUGCAGUGUGGUCAGCACUACAACAUCAGUGUAACAGGAUUCGGUCAGACAUGCUCAACCUGGUCAACACCCCUGGUCACUCUAGAUACAGCACCAUGUGUACCUGUACUGAAUGACGUGGCUCUGAACUGCAGCUCACGUUCUGCAGUGGUGACUUGGUCAAGUUCAGGGUCAGGUCCAGAUGUCUUCUCGGUCAGCGCAGUGAGCAUUCAGGGUGGACAGCUGGGUUGUGGUCCCCUAAAUGGUCACUCUUGUGUGGUAGAUGGACUGCAAUGUGGACAGAUGUACACAUUCAGUGUGAACGCAACACAGGGCCAGUGCACCACUUCUACUAACAACACACUACAGAGGCAGACAGCCCCAUGCCCUCCACAGAAUAUCCAGUCCAGAAUAAACUGUGGCAACAACACAGCGAGUGUGUCCUGGUCUCGAGGCAAUGGAACUCUGUCCUUUACUUCAACACUAGAUUGUUCUAAUGGACAGACAUAUAUCUGCAAGACUGCUUCAACAGGAUGUGACAUAACUAACUUGCCCUGUGGACAGACCUGCAUGGUUAGGGUAGUGGCAGAGGGACAAUCUUGCAACAGCUCUAUUGACACUGGAUCAAAUGUCACAACAGCUCCAUGUGAACCACAAAAUGUGUCAACCAGCUUGAGCUGUAGCAGUAACAUAGCAACAGUAUCCUGGGGACGCAUCCAGGGGGCGGAGCUCUACUCAGUGACUGCUAUUAGCAUUAAUGGUCUCUCAACAAACUGUACUUCAGCGUCCACCUCCUGUGACCUUUCAUCUUUGACCUGCGGAGAGACAUACAUGAUCACAGUGAAGGCAAAAAGCAGCAACUGUAGCAGUGAAAACAGUACAGCUGUACAGGUCCAAUCAGCCCCAUGCCCUCCACAGAAUAUCCAGUCCAGAAUAAACUGUGGCAACAACACAGCGAGUGUGUCCUGGUCUCGUGGCAAUGGAACUCUGUCCUUUACUUCAACACUAGAUUGUACUAAUGGACAGACAUAUAUCUGCAAGAGCAAUGAAACAGGAUGUGACAUCACUAACCUGCCCUGUGGACAGAUCUGCAUGAUUAGGGUAGUGGCAGAGGGACAAUCUUGCAACAGCUCUAUUGGCACUGGAUCAAAUUUCACAACAGGGCCUUGUGUACCACAAAAUGUGUCCGCCAAUGUGAGCUGUAGCAGCAACACAGCAACAGUAUCCUGGGGACGCAGCCAGGGGGCGGAGCUGUACUCGGUGACCGCCAGUAGCAGUAAUGGCCUCUCUGCAAACUGCACUUCAGCGUCUACCUCCUGUGACCUUUCAACUUUGAACUGUGGAGAGAAAUACAUGGUCAUGGUGAAGGCAAAAGACAGCAGCUGUAGCAGUGACAACAGUGCAGCUGUACAGGUCCAAUCAGCCCCAUGCCCUCCACAGAAUAUCCAGUCCAGAAUAAACUGCGGCAACAACACAGCGAGUGUGUCCUGGUCUCGUGGCAAUGGAACUCUGUCCUUUACUUCAACAUUAGAUUGUUCUAAUGGACAGACAUAUAUCUGCAAGAGCAAUGAAACAGGAUGUGACAUCACUAACCUGCCCUGUGGACAGACCUGCACUGUUAGGGUAGUGGCAGAGGGACAAUCUUGCAACAGCUCUAUUGGCACUGGAUCAAAUUUCACAACAGGGCCGUGUGUACCACAAAAUGUGUCCGCCAAUGUGAGCUGUAGCAGCAACAUAGCAACAGUAUCCUGGGGACGCAGCCAGGGGGCAGAGCUGUACUCGGUGACCGCCAGUAGCAGUAAUGGCCUCUCUGCAAACUGCACUUCAGCGUCUACCUCCUGUGACCUUUCAACUUUGAACUGUGGAGAGAAAUACAUGGUCAUGGUGAAGGCAAAAGACAGCAACUGUAGCAGUGACAACAGUGCAGCUGUACAGGUCCAAUCAGCCCCAUGCCCUCCACAGAAUAUCCAGUCCAGAAUAAACUGUGGCAACAACACAGCGAGUGUGUCCUGGUCUCGUGGCAAUGGAACUCUGUCCUUUACUUCAACACUAGAUUGUUCUAAUGGACAGACAUAUAUCUGCAGGAGCAAUGAAACAGGAUGUGACAUCACUAACCUGCCCUGUGGACAGACCUGCACGGUUAGGGUAGUGGCAGAGGGACAAUCUUGCAACAGCUCUAUUGACACUGGAUCAAAUUUCACAACAGGGCCUUGUGUACCACAAAAUGUGUCCGCCAAUGUGAGCUGUAGCAACAACAUAGCAACAGUAUCCUGGGGACGCAGCCAGGGGGCGGAGCUGUACUCGGUGACCGCCAGUAGCAGAAAUGGCCUCUCUGCAAACUGUACUUCAGCAUCCACCUCCUGUGACCUUUCAACUUUGACCUGUGGAGAGACAUACACGAUCACAGUGAAGGCAAAAGGCAGCAACUGUAGCAGUGAAAACAGUACAGCAGUACAGGUCCAGUCAGCCCCAUGCCCUCCACAGAAUAUCCAGUCCAGAAUAAACUGUGGCAACAACACAGCGAGUGUGUCCUGGUCUCGUGGCAAUGGAACUCUGUCCUUUACUUCAACACUAGAUUGUUCUAAUGGACAGACAUAUAUCUGCAAGAGCAAUGAAACAGGAUGUGACAUCACUAACCUGCCCUGUGGACAGACCUGCACUGUUAGGGUAGUGGCAGAGGGACAAUCUUGCAACAGCUCUAUUGACACUGGAUCAAAUUUCACAACAGGGCCGUGUGUACCACAAAAUGUGUCCGCCAAUGUGAGCUGUAGCAGCAACAUAGCAACAGUAUCCUGGGGACGCAGCCAGGGGGCGGAGCUGUACUCGGUGACCGCCAGUAGCAGUAAUGGCCUCUCUGCAAACUGCACUUCAGCGUCUACCUCCUGUGACCUUUCAACUUUGAACUGUGGAGAGAAAUACAUGGUCAUGGUGAAGGCAAAAGACAGCAACUGUAGCAGUGAAAACAGUGCAGCUGUACAGGUCCAAUCAGCCCCAUGCCCUCCACAGAAUAUCCAGUCCAGAAUAAACUGUGGCAACAACACAGCGAGUGUGUCCUGGUCUCGUGGCAAUGGAACUCUGUCCUUUACUUCAACACUAGAUUGUUCUAAUGGACAGACAUAUAUCUGCAAGAGCAAUGAAACAGGAUGUGACAUCACUAACCUGCCCUGUGGACAGACCUGCACUGUUAGGGUAGUGGCAGAGGGACAAUCUUGCAACAGCUCUAUUGGCACUGGAUCAAAUUUCACAACAGGGCCGUGUGUACCACAAAAUGUGUCCGCCAAUGUAAGCUGUAGCAGCAACAUAGCAACAGUAUCCUGGGGACGCAGCCAGGGAGCGGAGCUGUACUCGGUGACCGCCAGUAGCAGUAAUGGCCUCUCUGCAAACUGCACUUCAGCGUCUACCUCCUGUGACCUUUCAACUUUGAACUGUGGAGAGAAAUAUAUGGUCAUGGUGAAGGCAAAAGACAGCAACUGUAGCAGUGAAAACAGUGCAGCUGUACAGGUCCAAUCAGCCCCAUGCCCUCCACAGAAUAUCCAGUCCAGAAUAAACUGUGGCAACAACACAGCGAGUGUGUCCUGGUCUCGUGGCAAUGGAACUCUGUCCUUUACUUCAACACUAGAUUGUACUAAUGGACAGACAUAUAUCUGCAAGAGCAAUGAAACAGGAUGUGACAUCACUAACCUGCCCUGUGGACAGACAUGCAAGGUUAGGGUAGUGGCAGAGGGACAAUCUUGCAGCAGCUCUAUUGGCAUUGGAUCAAAUGUCACAACAGCUCCAUGUGCACCACAAAAUGUGUCAGCUAGCUUGAGCUGUAGCAGUAACAUAGCAACAGUAUCCUGGGGACGCAGCCAGGGGGCGGAGCUCUACUCAGUGACUGCUAUCAGUAUUAAUGGUCUCUCAGCAAACUGUACUUCAGCGUCCACCUCCUGUGACCUUUCAACUUUGACCUGUGGAGAGACAUACAUGAUCACAGUGAAGGCAAAAGACAGCAACUGUAGCAGUGAAAACAGUACAGCUGUACAGGUCCAAUCAGCCCCAUGCCCUCCACAGAAUAUCCAGUCCAGAAUAAACUGCGGCAACAACACAGCGAGUGUGUCCUGGUCUCGUGGCAAUGGAACUCUGUCCUUUACUUCAACACUAGAUUGUUCUAAUGGACAGACAUAUAUCUGCAAGAGCAAUGAAACAGGAUGUGACAUCACUAACCUGCCCUGUGGACAGAUCUGCAUGAUUAGGGUAGUGGCAGAGGGACAAUCUUGCAACAGCUCUAUUGGCACUGGAUCAAAUUUCACAACAGGGCCUUGUGUACCACAAAAUGUGUCCGCCAAUGUGAUCUGUGGCAACAACAUAGCAACAGUAUUCUGGGGACGCAGCCAGGGGGCGGAGCUGUACUCUGUGACCGCCAGUAGCAGUAAUGGCCUCUCUGCAAACUGCACUUCAGCAUCUACCUCCUGUGACCUUUCAACUUUGACCUGCGGAGAGAAAUACAUGGUCAUGGUGAAGGCAAAAGACAGCAACUGUAGCAGUGAAAACAGUGCAGCUGUACAGGUCCAAUCAGCCCCAUGCCUUCCACAGAAUAUCCAGUCCAGAAUAAAAUGUGGCAACAACACAGCGAGUGUGUCCUGGUCUCGUGGCAAUGGAACUCUGUCCUUUACUUCAACACUAGAUUGUUCUAAUGGACAGACAUAUAUCUGCAAGAGCAAUGAAACAGGAUGUGACAUCACUAACCUGCCCUGUGGACAGAGCUGCAUGGUUAUGGUAGUGGCAGAGGGACAAACUUGCAACAGCUCUAUUGGCAUUGGAUCAAAUGUCACAACAGCUCCAUGUGCACCACAAAAUGUGUCAGCCAGCUUGAGCUGUAGCAGUAACAUAGCAACAGUAUCCUGGGGACGCAUCCAGGGGGCGGAGCUCUACUCAGUGACUGCUAUCAGCAUUAAUGGUCUCUCAGCAAACUGUACUUCAGCGUCCACCUCCUGUGACCUUUCAUCUUUGACCUGUGGAGAGACAUACACGAUCACAGUGAAGGCAAAAGGCAGCAACUGUAGCAGUGAAAACAGUACAGCUGUACAGGUCCAGUCAGCCCCAUGCCCUCCACAGAAUAUCCAGUCCAGAAUAAACUGUGGCAACAACACAGCGAGUGUGUCCUGGUCUCGUGGCAAUGGAACUCUGUCCUUUACUUCAACACUAGAUUGUUCUAAUGGACAGACAUAUAUCUGCAAGAGCAAUGAAACAGGAUGUGACAUCACUAACCUGCCCUGUGGACAGACCUGCAUGGUUAUGGUAGUGGCAGAAGGACAAACUUGCAACAGCUCUAUUGGCAUUGGAUCAAAUGUCACAACAGCUCCAUGUGCACCACAAAAUGUGUCAGCCAGUUUGAGCUGUAGCAGAAACAUAGCAACAGUAUCCUGGGGACGCAGCCAGGGGGCCGAGCUCUACUCAGUGACUGCUAUCAGCAUUAAUGGUCUCUCAGCAAACUGUACUUCAGCAUCCACCUCCUGUGACCUUUCAACUUUGACCUGUGGAGAGACAUACACGAUCACAGUGAAGGCAAAAGGCAGCAACUGUAGCAGUGAAAACAGUACAGCUGUACAGGUCCAAUCAGCCCCAUGCCCUCCACAGAAUAUCCUGUCCAGAAUAAACUGUGGCAACAACACAGCGAGUGUGUCCUGGUCUCGUGGCAAUGGAACUCUGUCCUUUACUUCAACUCUAGAUUGUUCUAAUGGACAGACAUAUAUCUGCAAGAGCAAUGAAACAGGAUGUGACAUCACUAACCUGCCCUGUGGACAGACCUGCACGGUUAGGGUAGUGGCAGAAGGACAAUCUUGCAACAGCUCUACUGGUACUGGAUCAAAUUUCACAACAGAACAUUGUGUACCUGGUCAUGUACAGGGCAGUGUGGACUGUGCAUCUGGAAAUGUGUCUGUAUCCUGGGACCGAAGUGUGGGGGCCGUUUCCUACAUGGCAGUUGCCCAGGGUAACGGUGGCUAUGCAUCAGUAUGUAACAGCACUGGAACAGCAUGUGUCUUCUCAGAUCUGCUCUGUGGGCUGAACUACAGUAUAGCUGUCAGUGCAUCUGACGGGAACUGCAGCACUGCACCAAGUCAACCGGUCGUGCUGAGUACGGUAUCCUGUAAGCCACAGAAUGCUAGUGCCCAGCUGAGUUGUGACACAAAUGCUGCCAUUGUUACCUGGGAGCCCAGAGAUAAUGUCGUACGCCACACAGUCCAGGCCAUAGGCACUGAUGGACAUCGCAUCAACUGCACAAGCUCUGACUACAGUUGCACGCUACUCAGCCUUCACUGCGGCCAGAACUACAACCUUACCAUCACCGCCCUGGAUGGAGUUUGUGACAAUAGUAACACACGCCUGGUUCUGCAAUCAGCUCCAUGUGCACCUAGCAAUGUUCAGAUGUCAUUGAUUUGUGACAUCCACAAUGGCAGUGUUGUGUCCAUGUCUUGGCAGCAUACAAAUGGGGUGGAGUCUUACAUGGCUGUGGGCAUGUCUUAUGAUGGUCAUUCCUCUUCUUGUAACACCAGUACCACCUCCUGUAAUCUGCAGGGACUGCAGUGUGGUCAGAUUUAUAAUGUUUCUGUCUACUCACUGGGCCACGUUUGUGGGAGCAUGAAGAGCACUGUCUCUCAGGUGCUGACAGCUCCAUGCCCCCCUCGGAACAUAGUCACUCAGGUGCAGUGUGAGUUGGGUUCUGUGGUGGUGAGCUGGACCCCAGCAGUGAAUGCCAGUCAGUUCAGAGUGGAGCUGGAAUCCCACAGCACUGGUGUGAUCUCCUCCUGUAACAGUACUGGUACACAGUGCUCCAUCACCCACCUGCCCUGUGGAGAGAGCUUCAACCUCAGUGUGGUGGCUCUGAGGGGCAGCUGUCAGAGUCAACCAAGCAGUGGUCUCAACAUAUCCUCUGGUCCAUGUGCCCCACAGGGGGUUAAUGGUACACUGAACUGUGUGACUAACUCUGCGUGGGUAUCAUGGGAUGUGGACAAGAGUGCAGAGUCUUACACAGUGCUGGCUAUAGGGGAUGAUGGUCAAAAUUCCACCUGCUCCUCCUCAAGCUCUAAUUGUAAUGUACCUGACCUAGGCUGUGGAAAGAGCUACACCUUCCAUGUCACCGCUUCAAACGCUGCCUGCCUGAGUCCACCCAGCAACACCUUUAACCUGGAAACAGCACCAUGUGCCUUGUCAUCUGUCGUGGUGGUGGCUGAAUGCCACAGUCAUGUUAUCCAGGUAAAGUGGCAGAGAGCACAGAUAGGAAAUUCUCUCUACAUUGCAACAGCAGAGGGUCAAGACCUUUCCCAACUUUCCUGCAAUAGCUCCUCCUCUUCCUGCAACCUUACAAAUGUGCAGUGUGGCAUGGAGUACACCAUCAUCGUGGCUGCGUCCUCCAACCAGUGCAGUGGCCUCCGCAGCCCACCAUACAAGAUCAGCACUGCACCCUGUCAGCCCAUGUCAGUAGAGGCCCAUACGGACUGUCAGUCAAAGGUUGUGCUUGUGUCAUGGGAGCCAUCAUAUGUUGCCCAGUCAUACCUGCUUACCGCAGUUGGCAAAGAUGGGGAUGUGAGGAUGUGUAACACCUCAAACAGUAACUGCACGUUGACUGAUCUACACUGCAGCGACACAUAUUAUCUCUCAGUUUCAGCCAGUACUGAGAACUGCACCAGCCUGCCCAGCUCUAACGUCACCUUUCACACAGUACCGUGUAAGCCAAACAACUUGACUUUGGGGGUCCACUGUGGGAACAGUAGUGCCUCCUUGUCGUGGACAGCGAGUACAGGAGCAGUGGCCUAUGUGGGAAUUGCUCAGUCAGGAAAUGCCACGGCGGUUUACUGCCAGAGCACGAAUACUUCAUGUACUCUGCAGGGCUUGGUGUGUGGCACUGUGUACAACUUUACAGUGCAGGCAUCAGAUGGCAUUUGCAACAGUUCCUUCAGUGAGCCUCUAACUGACGGAGCAGCUCCGUGUCCUCCAGCUGGGUUGAGGGUUAUUCCUCGUACAGUAGUGAAUGACACUCAGAUCUUGAGAGCAUCCUGGUCGGCUGUGGAUUGUCCUAAUUCUGAAUACCUCGUGGAGCUCAAGGGCAGGAUUCUGGAUAACAUCCAGUCAUUCUUUGAUGUUGCCUCCUAUAGGACAAGCCGCAAAUUCUUUGAGAUUCCCCUACCUUGUGGCUCCUCCUACAGUGUCAAGGUCAAGGCGCAGAACUCUGCCGGUUCAAGCGUUCCGUCAGCCGAUGUCUCUGGAACCACAGUGCCUUGUGCCCCUCUGAAUGUGACAUUGUCUGCAUCAUUGUCGGUGGUGUCAUGGAAUCAGUCUGUAUUCGCUACAAACUACACAGUGUAUCAGAUUACUUCCUCUGGUAGGACGAAGCUCUGCAUGACGUCACAGCUCCAAUGCUCUGUCAGCAGCUUUAGCAGCAGUCACGUUGUCGUAACUGCAAGCAACUCUGCCGGGGAAAGUGAAGACUCAUCUCCUGUUUAAGUGACAGCAGGUUGCAGGAGGUGAGACCUGGCAAGGAGUGAGACAGGCCUGCCAAAUCCCGAGUGAAUGUUCAUAUUGCAAUGCACCCAAACUCUUGGCUCUGAGAAAUCCUGCACUUUCCUAAGAAUUUGUAAAACUGUGUAAUACUUAGCAUGUUAAAUGUAGGGUUUAAAACACUGGUGAAAUAGCUUAAAGGUGGAAUAGCUUUACUGGACAAAAAAAAUUUACACUAGUUUUCAUUUGUUUUUCCAAAGUCUUUUUUCUGGCUAAUGGAUUACUACUUUUUGUGUACUUUUCUGUAAUGGUAAAUAUUUAAACAAAUAAGCAUUAUAUAUACUCCUGUUUUGGAAAAUGAGAUUAUUAAAUACCAUGAGGUUUUCUGCAUGUGAUCUGUCUUACAAAUUAUGAACACUGCAAAGAGCAUGUAAAAUAAAUUUACCAUACACACAAAAAAAUAAAAUACAAUUUUAGUUGCUGUUGCACUAAGAACAAAGUGAUUUUUACAUUUACAAUGAAUUGACAAGAGCGCAACAGUGGGUCACCCACUUUCCCAACAGUCUUGGAUCCGGAAAUAUUCCCCCCCCCAUUCAUUUUCUCCAUUGGGAUUUUAGAAAAUAUUUCAAUAGAGUUCAAAUCUUGAACCAAACCAACCAGCUCUGAGAUGAA